CAAGAUACAUGUUUCAGAUGAGUAGUCAACAGAUUAUCGACGACGUUUCUAACACUGUCAAAAACGUGGGGUUUCUUGAAACUCUCUCCACAAAGAUAGGGCAGUACAGUGGGGCUGCAAUCAAUCGACUCUUUUCGAUAUACAAGGAUCAAGACAAGUCAGAAUAUACUGUAUUCUUAAGCAGGUAUCUUACAGAGAAGAUUUGCAUUCAAACAGGGUGUGAACAAUUUACACGGUCUUUGGUGCAUUUCUGCACAUUGCAUCAUCCAGUUGCCAAAGGACUCAUGCUUGAAGAUUUGUUCUUCAUGGUGGUACAUCACCAAGGUUUGGCAUUGCACGUGCGAGGUGAAGACGCGCAAGAAGCUUGGCAGGCUGCCCCUGUCGUGACUUGCUUGAUACCUCUUACGAAAGGAGUGGUGGAGAGUCAGAGCUGCGACUUUUGGGUGCGACCACCUGAUUUCAACCAUCCAGGAUAUGAUGGGGUGUUUCUUAGUAGAAGCAGGAAAUUAGUACGGUUUGUACAAGUAACCGCAGCAAAAGAUCAUGAUCUGAAACUACAAUAUUUCAAGGAACUCAUUGACAAUCUUGUUUUAGUAGGAUUUCCGGUUCAACGAAUAGAAAUUUGUUUCAUCGUGCUCCGUAAGGAUCUAGAGUGUUUCAAAGUUUCGAAAGUCUUUGGUCAAGGAUCUCUUGAGCAAUAUGGUUUUGCGAAAGGAAACGAGCGAAGAUCUAUCAGGGUGAUGGGUGUUGAGCUUAUCUAAUUGGACACUCCACUCAUUUCAAUAUUUCAGUGGUGCUGAGUACCUGGAAUUGAAUCUGUUGAAGCAAUCAUACUUCAGUAAACAUGUUUGAACCUAGAAUUACUAUGACAUUUUAUUGCAAAUACACAUUCUAGUCAUC